AUGGAAGAUACACAAGGUUCACCACUGGCAAUGUGGGAGACUGAUAUUCAAACCAUUGAACUGGAAAAGGGAAGCCUUGGCCUUGGUUUCAGUAUUUUAGAUUAUCAGGAUCCUAUUGAUCCAGCAAGCACAGUCAUAGUAAUUCGCUCCUUGGUCCCUGGAGGAGUUGCAGAACAAGAUGGCCAACUUUUGCCUGGUGAUCGCUUGAUGUUUGUCAAUGAGAUGAAUUUGGAGCAUGCGAGUUUAGAGGAGGCUGUUCAGGCACUUAAAGGUGCACCUGCUGGAAAUGUUAGCAUUGGAGUAGCAAAACCUUUGCCUCUGUCACCAGAAGAAGGCUAUAUCUCUGCUAAGGACGAAUCUCUUUUCUACUCUGCACAUUCAUAUGCCGAGGAAGGGCCCAAUGAUGCACCUCUUUUCCAUGCUGAACUAGCUAUGGUUGAGACCACUGAUGCUGACUUAACAGGAGAAUGCAGUAUGGAAUCCCGCUUUGCUCACAAUAAUGACAGCUUACUCCAGGCUUCUUUGAUAGCCUUGCAUGGUAGCCCUUGUAAUGAAGAUCUUCUUAGUGGUUUGUCUGAUUGUUCACUGCAGGCUCUAUCUAAAGAAGAGGACUCCUUUCAUUCUUCAUAUGAUGUCUGUACUGAGAGGUUACCUUUUCACAAACCAACUCCCCCAAAUGAGCUGUGGGCUACGUCAACACCAGUUAUAGAUUUUAAGUUGCCUACUAUGGACUUUUACAACCUAAAUCUUGGCCAGCCUGAACAUACUAAGCUGACAGAUCACAAUGAUGUUGCUUCUACUGACUCCAAGGAUAACUCAGAAUUGGUUGUUUUCAGCAAGCAGAUAGAAAGCAAAUCAUCUAGUUCAUGGAUGCCAUUACAGACUCAUGGAGCUGACACAGCUGCUGACAUUCCUUCCUCUGUUUCAAAGGCUGAAGGACAUUUAUCUGGAAAACCGUAUUAUGAAACAAAUGAGGAGUGUGCACCCAGGACCUUGCCUAAAAGCAAAUUUGAGAAAACAAUUACCAUAGUCAGAGGCAACUGCAGCCUAGGCAUGACUGUAAGUGCCAAUAAAGAUGGUUUAGGGAUGAUAGUCCGCAGUGUUAUAAAUGGAGGUUCCAUAAGUCGUGAUGGUCGUAUCCAUGUGGGAGACUGUAUUUUGGCUAUCAAUAAUGAGUCCACAGCAAAUCUAACCAAUGCCCAAGCAAGGGCCAUGCUGCGGAGACAUUCUUUACUCGGACCAGAUUUAAGAUCUUCUCCCGCACCUGCUGAUGAUCAGGCCCCAUUUUAUGUCAUUACAUAUGUUCCAAGUGAGAAUUUGGAAGAAUAUCGAUCAAGUAUUGGCCAACUUAGUGAAGGAACACAAUCACUUGAACCUUUGCCUGUACAAAACACUAGUGAUGCUCCAGAGCUACCUGAGCGUGAAGAAGGUGAAGGGGAAGAAAGUGAACUGGAACAUGCAGCAUUCAGCAACUGGAAUACUCCAAGAAGGGUAGAGCUUUGGAGGGAGCCUGGUAAAUCUCUGGGGAUCAGCAUUGUCGGUGGCAGAGGCAUGGGAAGCCGAUUAAGCAAUGGGGAAGUGAUGAGAGGAAUCUUCAUCAAACACAUUCUAGAGGACAGUCCUGCAGGCAAAAAUGGAACUCUGAAAACUGGAGAUAGGAUUGUGGAGGUUGAUGGCAUUGAUCUAAGAGAUGCAAGCCAUGAGCAGGCAGUGGAAGCCAUAAGAAAAGCAGGCAAUCCUGUUGUCUUUCUUGUUCAAAGCAUCAUUAACAGGCCUAGGCCUGAGUCUCUGUAUUGCUCUCCAUCUGCCUCUGCUUACAGAGGACAUCCACCUACUAACCCCUUUUCUCAUCACUCAUCCAAGAGUAAAAGCUUGCCUUUACAGAGCACAUUU